CGGAAAUAGACGCGAGUGGGACGUCUGGGUGCUGCCAUUUUGUCGGGGAAGGACACGGAGCGGUGGAGCGGUAGGUGAGGACAAGAAACCAUGGCAGGACAUGAUGCAGGAAAUCAGCACCAGUUCACUGGCUUUCAGAAAUACUUCAACUCCUACACCUUGACAGGCAGGAAGAAUUGUGUAAUAGCCACAUAUAGCACCCUCGCAGCAAUUAUCCUGUACUUCAAGCUAAGGCCUAAAAAAAAGGCUCCAGCUGUAAUGGAGAAAUAGAGCGGUUGCCAUGCCUAAAGCUCCCAUCACAUGGUGUUUCAAUGGAAGCAAGAGUGGAUGCCCUACUAUGUACAGUUCAAUAAACUAUGAAUAGUGA